CUGAAUGGAAACAACUGACGAUGCAUUAGAUAGUUCAUUUAAAAACGAGUACGAUGCAGUUGACCAAGGGAUCUUUUCUAUUGCUCACGGUGUGCCUCAGUUGCAUUGGCAUCUGUUGGACGACUGCAAUUUCCGAGGAUUUGACGACUAACCUAAAGAACAAUUCAACCGCCUUGCAGACUUCGCUUAAAGAACUGGAAACUCUGGUGUCCAAUGAAAAAAAUAAAAUUAGAAAAACGGCACUGACGAGUGGACAAGAUUCCCUCAAGGUUCUUCAGUCAAAUAUUGACGAGCUACAGACAGAAAUAGACAAAAUUAACAAAGACAUCGGUGACACAAAUGAAGAACAAGUGAAUACUAAAAUUGAAGAGUUGCAAACAUGGGGAGAAGAGCAAUUAAAGCGCGUGAAUAAGUCAACAGGUGGCGCUGGCGUUCGACAAGCAAAUGAUCUUAUUCAGAACGUGAUCGCACGCUACAGCUACAGUCUGCCCAAGAGCCUCGAGGAGCUGAACAUAUUGACGGCCCAGUUCGAAAGAGAUGUCAACGCUGUCAUUAAAACCUAUGCAGGAUUUGCCAAGGAGCUGAUUGCCCGAAUGAAAGGAUGCAAAGCAGCAUCUGCAAAUCAAUGCCGCGAUAAUAUUGAGAUAUGGUCAGAGAGAGUGCUUACUUCGACAAAUCAGCUAACUCGCCUGCGUAGAUCGGGCAAGCAAUUGGUCGAAUCCGGUCUCUAUACCUCUCAACGUGUCGAGAGUCUUCUGACUCAGUUGGCCAAGGAUAAGCUAAGGUGUGAAAAGGAUCUUGAUGGUAUCAUUGAGGACAAUGCCGAUGAUUCUGAUGAAACAACAACAACAGAAUCUACUGAAGCGGAUGAACCUACUGAAUUAGGUGACUAAAACUGGCGUAUCAAUAAAAAAUGAUAAUAGCAACGCAAAUAUUGAUAUUCAUGAUGACUAAUCCAAUCCCGAUAGUUCAAUCUUGAGGGAAACUAAGACAACAAGAACAUUGAGACAACAACAAUUGUAAAAACGAUUAAGUAAACAUACUUAAGGUUAAUUCUGGUGGUGGGUGAUUACAGCAUAAUUAAAAAUAUAUUUUCAAUGCAAAAAA